GGGUAAAGGUGGUGCAGGGGGGGACAAGAAAGAACCUCCAAAAGGAUAUCUUAUACCACAAACAUCUUUGAGUGCUUUUGGCCCAGCCAUGUUACCAAUGCAAGCAGAACCGAUGGGGACACCAAUCAAAGAUCCACAACUACCCUUACUCUACCAUCCUCAAACUCAACCAUUGAUCUCACCUAUCCAAGCAGAUCCUACAGCAAUUCUGGGUCACCAUCAAGCACCAUAUAUGAUGAAUCCUUUCUCAAACAUACCUCUAGCACCAGUUGAGAGUGAUCCUACCAUACUACCUUCAAGUCAUCCUGACUUACCUCUCAUGGCUAGACCUCAAUUGCAGAACCCACUAGCACCAGUACAAAUGGACCCAGCAAUCUUACCACAACAUUUAGAAUUACCACACUUGACAAGUGGACUGCCACAGAUUGCACCAGCUCAUGUAGAACACAUCAAUACACCAUUGAUACAUGACUUUGACACACCUCUAUUGGCCCAUACCCAGUUUCACCCACUUUUAGAACCAGCACAUGUGGAACACCUUGCUAGACCAAUUGGAGAUUCAACUCCUCCUCUUCUUGCUAUGCACCAGUUUCAUCACAUACUCUCACCCGUUCACAUUGAGCACAUCCAACGACCAUACACAGAUACAACUCCACCUCUUAUGGCUCAGCACCAACUGCAUCCUAUGUUAUCCCCUACACACAUAGAAGGAACCCAUCGACCUUAUAUAGACACCACUUUACCCUAUGUAGCUCAAAAUCAAGGACACCCUAUUCUUUCACCCUCUCAUAUUGAAGGCUUGGAUCGUAUUCAUUCCGAUCAAACACCACCCUACAUCACCCAUCAAGAAUUUCAUCCAUUGCUUUCACCUGCACAUAUUGAUGAUGCACACCGUCAUAUGGAUCAUUCACCACCCCUCAUGGCACACCCUAAUAUCAAUGCUGGACCACUUUUUACCCCAGGUUUUGUUGAACCUCAUCAUUCCCCACAAAUUGAUCACUCACCUCCGUUCCUUGCACAUCCAAAUGUCCAUCACAGUCACCUUCUAACACCUGGAUUUAUGGAUCAUAUGCAUGCCCCACAAAUUGAGCAUACCCCUCCUUUCAUGGCAAGACCAGAUGUUCACAAUAACCCUCUGAUAUCCCCAGCGUAUGUAGACACCCCUCAUACACCACAAAUUGACCACACACCGCCAUAUAUGGCAAGUGGCAAUGCAAAUGCAAAUCAUCUAAUGACCCCUGGGUUCAUUGAUGCACCUCAUUCCCCACAAAUAGAACAUACUCUACCAUUUAUGGCUCAUCAUGGUGCUCACCACAUACCACUUUUAUCCCCAGCAAUGGUUAGUGGGAGUCAUGUGUUGCAGAAGGACCACAGCUUACCAUUUCUUUCAUCACAUAUCAAUGGAGGAUCACAUUUACCACUCCUCUCACCUGGCAUGGUAAGUGGCAUUCAUGUAGUGCAAAAAGACCACAGUUUACCAAUGUAUGGUCAUGCCAUUACUCAUUUUUCACCCUUUGCAUCCCAUGGCUUUGGACGAAGUAGUGUACCUAAAAAUCAUACUAACUUCACAUGAAUGACUAGUCCAUCAUUUGCCUCACAUGAAUAGUCUUCAAUGACCACAAUAUGUAUGUAAUAAAUACUGUAUCCCAGGAAAUGACAAGGAAUAGGGUGUAAGCACUGACAUAUUAGAAGGACUUGCAUCUUUAUUUUAUAUACCAAUUAAAUAAGUUGUACUAAAACAAACAAUACAUUUUUAUAUAAAAUACAUUUUGAUUCUUAGAUAAUCUAUAUUGUACAUAAAUAUAUAUAAUUUUCAUACAAUUUGCAAUGCAUGAAUGCUUU